AUGCCUGGAUCCUCCUCGGCUAGCAGCAAGUCUAGGGUAUACACCGAUGUCAACACAUGGAAAAACAGAGAUUACUGGGAUUACGACGCACACAUAUCUACUUGGAGAAAUCAAGACAACUACCAACUAAUGCGCAAAUUGGGUCGAGGAAAAUACAGUGAAGUUUUUGAGGCCAUUAAUGUGAACAGCAGUGAAAAAGUUGUUGUGAAAAUCCUCAAGCCUGUCAAGUGCAAGAAGAUCAAACGGGAAAUUAAGAUUCUUGAAAAUCUACAAGGAGGGACCAACAUCAUCCGGCUAGUUGACACAGUUAAAGACCAAGUGUCCAGAACACCAGCACUUGUCUUUGAGAGCAUCAAUAAUACGGAUUUUAAGGCACUUUACAAGAAACUGACAGACUAUGAUAUCCGUUACUACAUGUAUGAGCUUCUCAAGGCUCUGGACUACUCUCACAGUAUGGGCAUCAUGCAUAGAGAUGUAAAGCCCCACAAUGUGAUGAUCGACCACCAGCUGAGAAAGUUGCGUUUGAUAGAUUGGGGUUUGGCAGAAUUUUACCAUCCUGAUCAAGAAUACAAUGUCAGGGUGGCCUCCCGCUAUUUUAAAGGCCCAGAGCUGCUUGUUGAUUACAAGAUGUAUGACUAUAGUUUGGACAUGUGGAGUCUUGGGUGUAUGUUUGCAAGCAUGAUUUUUUUGAAGGAGCCUUUUUUCCAUGGCCAAGACAACUAUGAUCAGUUGGUUCGGAUUGCUAAAGUUCUUGGAACUGAUGAACUUUUCUGCUAUCUGCAUAAGUACCACAUACAACUCAACACUCACUUCAAAGACCUCCUUGGACAGACAACGCGGAAGAGUUGGGAGCAAUUCAUCCAGACUGAGAAUCAACACUUGGUGAGCCAUGAGGCACUCGACCUGCUCGACAGGCUCCUCCGCUAUGACCACCAACAAAGACUAACAGCAUUAGAAGCCAUGAAGCACCCCUAUUUUUAUCCUGUGGUGAAACAAUCCAAGACUAAUGCCAUUACAGCCAGCACAAAGGCAAUAACCACCUCCAAUACAUCAUGA